CAGUCUGUUGGGAGGGAGGGGGCGUUCAAAACCGCAAAUCACAGACCGAGCCUGCAAAGGGCGUGGGCUUUGUCUUUUAAUAUGUAGUGUUAUUACAUAGCUGCAUGGAUCCCCCGGUAGUUGACGGUGUAUUCUCCGCAUCGCGGAUGCGCCUGACCGUCGGCACCUGCGGGAGAACGACUCGCGGACGAAGAGACGCCGGCUUUCAUUUACUCCGACUGAACGUUUGACACGUGAACGCACCCUCACGCGAUGGAUUGGACACUUCCUACAAAAUGACUAAAUAGAUAGUCCCUUAUCCGUCUAUUUUUUUUUUCAUUUCUCUCUCUCCACAGCCUCAAAUGGGGGUCGCUUUUGCUGACUAUGGCUUUUAUCAGCAAUGCGCAUUUAGCAGAAUAGCGAGAUAAGCACAGGUUUUAGUCCGACAUGGCGGGGAGCUCAUCCGAGCCGCUCUGCCGGCCGUGCGUUUACCGCGGAGCCUUCAAAGUGGAGCUACAGGUGAGGAGACCUCUGAUGCCGGUCCAGCUGAGUCCGGAGCAGGUGGGCCUGGAGAUGUUGUGUCUAUGCGGGCAGCUGGACCUCCUCAUCAGGGCACAGAUGCAGCAGUUCCAGGAACAGUUGGGACACGGCUGCAGCCCGGAGGAGUCGGAUACUUUUCAGGCUCAAGGAUCAGAGAUUCUUGACCAGAUGCUGCAGUGCCUUGAACAUCUACCAAAGCCCAUGCCCCAGCUGGAGGACUACCUGGACAUGGUGGGUCUUUCGGUCAUGUUCCCCCGUGUAGAGGUGUUCCUCAUUCAAGGCAGCCCAGUGGACAUGCUGGAGAGGCCGCCGAUGGACAACUACUACUCCCACGUCACAAAGCUGAACCAGCUCCUGGUGCUGAGUCAACAGCUGGAAGAAGACAUCCGGCACCUCGGGAGUCACAAAUACAUUGCCCACCAGCUGUCCGUCAUUUAUCAAGUCGUCUGCUCAUUCAGAGGAAUUCAGGCUUUUUCCAAACUGAAGAAAGACAUCGAGGCCAACUUCAAACAGCUGAAGCAGUCUCUGGUGGCGGAGGAGGGCUCCCGGCAUGAACCUCAGCUGGCCGCCAACUACAUCGAAUGGGCGUUACAACUGACUCACAGCUUGUCCUCGCUGGUGUUGGCGCUGCCCGAGGAGCUGACCGAGGAACUUGACCAGGCCGUGACCUUCGUGUCCCAGUUCCUUUCCUGACCCCCCCCCCCCCCCCCCCCCCCCCCCCGAAGCCGACGCCUCUGUGUCUUUGAAUCCUGACGUCGUGUCCCAGGUCUCUCAAGGCUCCUCUUGAUGAACUGGUGUUGUCACGACUGUGAAACGGUGCUACGUUAUUGAAUUCAACCAGUGGGAUUGUGUACUCCUUUUACAAAUGAUGUAGGUUUAUGUAUAUAUAUAUAAAUAAAUAUAUAAGUCGUCCUCCUGUAUGUGGUCCAUAUUAGUUACGGUGAGUCAGUUAGCGAUGAAUGUAAUGUAUGAAUCCCUCCUUGCACUACGGUCAUAACUACUGUUAAACUUUCUUCUUCUUUUUUUGUACCUAAAGUGGAAUAAUAAAAUGUAAUGCAAUAGGGAAACGUCUUUGUGUUCAUAUCCAUUAUAUCCAAGAGCAAUGAGGA